AUGCCUCUAUCUCACCUUCCUGAUUCCUCUAUGCUACUGCUAAAUUGUUUGAAUCAAGUUAUCACCCCAUUUUUGGCCAACAGCACUAAUUUUGUCGUAGUGAAUUCAGACCUGAAAUUUUCCGUUCCAAUAACACUUUAUGCUCUGGAUCAAGAAGAAAUACCAUUCUCUUUACAACAACCGGAAGUUUACCUUGUAGAUGUUAGAAAGAAAGAACUGAACGAUUCUCUGAUGCAUUUGGAGAAGAGAACAUGCUUCAAUCCAAGAGCUAUCUUCGUUAUUAUAACCGAAAAAAUUAAAGCAGAUUUAUACGAUAUCUUUGAUUGGUAUUUCAUACGAAGCUCUAUCAUUUUGAAAGUUUCGAUGGAUCAAAUUCGAGUGUACAGCCGAUUGAUUAAAGGAAGAAGAAGAAACGAGACCGUCAUCGAUAAAUCAUCGACCAUGUGCAAGGAAGAAGAACUUAAAAGUUCCCAAAGGCAGAAGUUGAGCAAAGAAAAUACUUUGCCUUUAAUAAAAGUUGGAGCAAGUUACAACGUCCCUUCUGUAAUCCUUACAGAUGGCGUACCAGAUUCAGGUAUUGACUUGGACAUCCUCAACAUCAUGUCCAAGAAGCUGAACUUCAAAACGGAAGUCAUAGUGGUGGAAGCUUUUGCUGGUAAGAAAAGCAGAGAAGACUUCUCAUUCAACGGUGCUUUGGGCAAUUUACAGCGCAGAGAGGUACCUUUUCUGAUAGGAGGGAUAUAUCCUACUAGACAAGGGUCAAUAAGCUUCGAUUUCACUCAAGGCACUUCAGUCGAUAGGUACGCCUAUAUAGUACCAGUAGCUAAGGUACGACCAUUCUGGAAAAGGUUGAUCUACACCUUCAGUCUUACAGUGUGGAUGUUGUUCUUGGUGGUCUUCGUGGUUAUCCUUGUAACCUUAUCCCUGAUUAAUAGAACAAUCAUGAAGGGGUACUACAGCUGGGAUAAGGAGCUAUUGAAGCUUUACUCCAUGUGUUUCACUUCCGUCCAAGUCAAGAUGUCGGAGACAAAGUCCAAGAAGACAUUGUACACCUCGUGGUACUUCUUUUUGUUGAUCUUCUCUAACCACUUCACAGCCAAACUCUUGUCGAAAUUGGUGGUGAAGAAGUUCGAACAUCAGAUACAUAAGCCGGAAGAGUUGAAGGAGGUCGAUUGGAAGAUUUGCAUCUUUUCGGAUCUUGACAAGGAUAAAAUGCUUGGGUUACAUAAGGGUGUAAUGUCUUGCACCAAUUGUGAAACCUGCACCAACAAAACUGCCUACGAAGGUAACGUAGUGUCAAUCAGAAGUGAGAAGUUAACUCAGUAUGAAAUAGGAAAGUUUUACUUCAACGAAGAUCGAGAGCCUUUGGUCUUUAUAAUGAACCAGUACUAUCUCGUGACUCAUAACGUCAUUGUCUUUCGAAAGAAUCACCCUCUUUUUGGAAGAUUCAACAAGAUGUUGGGGUAUUUGUUGCAGUCUGGUAUUUAUGAAAGGAUGUGUAUGAAGUACAAUCCUCUGGGAUUCGAUCGGUACCAGAAGAACCGUUGGAUGAGCCUCAAACUUGAACAGUUGUCUUUUAUAUUCAAAUUUUUAACUUAUGGUUGGUUUUUGAGCACUCUUGUUUUUGUUUGCAAGCUUUUAGCGAAAGUUUUUUUGAAAAAAGAAAAAUAA